AUGGUAUGGAGGAACGAGUUUAAAUGUUCAUAUCAACCAAUUAAUACUAAUUUACCUCUUUAUAAUUUACCUGAUAACAAGAGACGAUUUCCUUUUAAGAGUGUUGUCAUAUCUAAAGAAGUUAUAUCUAUAAAAAAUAAUAAAUUUUUAUCAAUUGAAAAAAAAGAAAAAAUUUGGAUAACUCUUCUUGAUGAUUGGAAGGAUUAUUAUACUAAUAAUUUUGACUUAAUUAGAACAUUAUGCAGAAAAGGAAUUCCUCAAACUGUUAGAGGAAUCAUUUGGUUAAAUUUAAUAAAAAUUAAUGAUAAUUUAAAUUUGCAUACAUAUGAAAAUAUGAAUGGUGAUCCCAAAAGUACCUAUGAAAUUUCAAAAGAUCUCAAUAGGCAGUACCCAAAUCAUGAAAUGUUCUCAAAUAAUAGUCCUUAUGGUGAACAAGGUCAACGUAAUCUUUUUAAUAUUCUUAAAGCUUAUACAAUUAUAUUUCCUGAAAAAGGAUAUUGUCAGGCACAAGCUCCAAUAGCAGCAUUAUUACUUAUACAAACACCUCCUGAAGAUGCUUUUAAAUUAUUUAUUGGAAUUUGCGAUACCAUUGCAAAGGAUUAUUAUUCUGAUAAUUUAGAUCGUUUACAAAGAGAAGGAAAAAUAUUAAAAUCGUUACUGAAACUUCAUUUACCAAAUAUUUAUCAUUUAUUUGAGAAACAUGAUGUUGAACCAGAACUAUAUAUGGUUGAAUGGUUUUUAUGUCUUUAUUCAAGAACAUUUCCUAUUGAUGUUGUUUUUAGAUUAUGGGAUAUUUUAUUUUGCGAAGGACACAAAAUUAUCUUCAAAACAGCUCUUGUUUUAAUAAAACAUAUUUUUAUGAAAAAAAUUCACAAUCCUGAUACACUUACUAUAUUACAAAGGCUUAAAAAAAUUCCAGAAUAUCUCAAUAAUGGUGAUUAUUUGAUAUCAGAAAUAUCAAAAACUAAAAUUGAACAUUAUGAAUUAAUACAUGUGCAUUAUAAUAUGUAA